AUGAACACCACAACGUCUACGAUUAAGAUCAAACCAGCAACAACCCCCACUACCGCGCCAACAACUAUCCCCAAUGGGGUUGAAGGCGAAUUACUCCCAGUAUCGCCAUCGUCGGUGCCCGGUGGCGGGGUGGCGGUCACUGAGCGAUCGGUCGUGCUUCUGUUCUGCCUUCACGUAGCAAACGAGACAACAAAGGCCCCGUACGAUAUAACUUUGACCAUCUUGAUACUGUAUCCCUCAGCACGCAAUGGUGGUUGGAGUAGUUGGGCAUCCCCCUCUGUGUGCCACGCAAGCGAUUAUCACCAGCCUGUGUCCGAUAGCACGCUGCUCCAAUCUACGUCGCCGAGCAGCCAGCAGCGACAUCGUGCGACCAUGGAUCGAAGUACACAGUCCUACAGGAGUAGAGCAGAUGAAUACCUCCCAAAAAGCACCGAACCGCGGAUGUCCAGUGGGGGCGAGACUGAGAAAGGAAACCCGACGACGACCGCUACAGAGGGAGGCAGCGACGCAACAAACGAAGAAUACCGCCUUGUAUACGUACGGAAAUUGAGUGCACCUAACGAUCCUGAAGCUCUCAGACUGGCGCGAGAUGUCCUAAAGGACGCCGAUAACAACGAUGAACUUUGUGUUCAAGCGUCUGGCGACUGUAGGGCCGUUGCCAACCCAGAGGGGUUCCAAUAUGCCGCGUACAACAGCCUGAAUAACGAGACGAAGACCUUCAUGGCGUCGUACGAACGCAAGUGUAAGGGAGAGUAA